CGAUACUUCGUAUAUAUCAGUAUCUACAUGUCCACCAAUCUAAAAAAGAAUAGUCCCCUCGGGGAAAAAAUUGCCCGACUGGUCCACGCACACUUUGAUCGACUCCCCCCACGCAGUAAACCGAUUCUGCGGGACGAUGGGACGAGGGAAUGGAUUCCGAUGUGUGGGGUUGUGGUUGUUCGAGAAGGUGAUAUAGUGAACGGUGAAGAAGAAGAAGAGGAAUUGACGUGUGUGGCUGUAACAUCCGGCGCAAAAUGUCUCCCCAGCACGCAACUCCCCUCGUGCAACGGUCUCGUGCUGCACGAUUGGCAUGCGGAGAUCCUGGCCCUGCGCGCGUUCAAUUAUUGGUUGUUGAGUGAGGUGAGAUGCCUCCUUGGGGCUUCUGCUGCUGUAUCGGAUUCUAGUUCUGGGUCGGGGUCUACAGAAUCGAAAUUCAUCUGUCGGCAAAAAGAAGAAGAAGGAGGAGGAGGAGCACCCUUCGAACUCCACCCCACCCUAAGAAUCUACCUCUACUGCACGACUGCCCCCUGCGGCGACGCCAGCAUGGAACUCACCAUGGCCGCACAGGAUGAUCCCACGCCGUGGGAACUCCCCCCUACCCCUACCCCCUCAACCACCCACCCCACGCUCUCCCCCAGCACAGAACCAGAACCAGAACCCUCCAAAGAGAUGAAUCUAACAGGAAGAGGCCACUUCUCCCGUCUCGGCAUCGUCCGCCGCAAACCCGCCCGCGCCGACGCCCCCUCGACCCUGAGCAAAUCCUGCUCCGACAAGCUCGCCCUCCGACAAGUCUCCUCCCUAAUCUCAGCGGAGAUGAGCCUACUGGUAGCAGUGACGCCGAGUGCGUAUUUAGCGGGGGUGGUGAUGCCAGCGGGGGAAGUGAGUGCAGAGGGCGUGGAGAGGGCGUUUGGGGGGAUGGGGAGGAUGAGACCUCUCUAUUCCUCCUUAUCUUUACCCCAGUCCCUAUCUCAAGGUGGAGAGGGAGAGGUAAAUGGAAGUGGAAGUGGAAGUGGGUACACGUAUACACCCUUCACCAUCCACCCCGUCCAAACCCCAACCAUAUCCUCCCUAUGGCAAUACGGGAAACCAUCCUCUCGGGAGGAGAAAUGUAAACCGGGGAUUAUAUCGGCUGUGUGGACUGCCGCCCCAUCCCCCUGGUCAUCAUCGUCAUCGGCAUCGGCAAACGGGGAGUGUGAUGUCUACGCGGCGCAGAACGGAGCCAAGCAGCUGCCUAAACUAGCUGGCUCGAGGACGGGCUUGUAUGAGACCAUUAUUAAUGGCAUGAAGCAGGGGUUUAAGGCUUCCAGGCCGGUGGGGAAGGGGGCGUCGGCGUUGUCGAGGGCGAGGAUGUGGGGGGGGUUGAAGGAUCUGGUUGUCUCAGUUUCGGGGGCUGGGGAUGGAAUAUCUCCUGUGAGAGAAGAUGGGGGUGCAGGAGGGAAUGAGGGCUGGGUUCGGAACGUGAGAGAGGUGGUUGCAGCACCAUCAUACGCUGAAUUCAAGAGAGCCAUCUUGGCUACGCCAGCAGGAAGGGCGCGGCAACGGGCGAUACAAGAGGCGAAGAAAGUGCUGGUGCCGUGGGUGCCGAAUGAAGGGGAUGAUGCAUGGGGACUGGAUGUGUUGAUGAUUGAUAAUAAGAGUCAUGGGCAGAAGAGGAAGAGGUAA